AUGGCAGCUCGAGAAGGUCUCGGUCUAGCGAGGUCACUCGUUCUGACCAUCCCACGCAUACGGCCAACUUUACCUCCUCUCGCAUCCUCUUCGUCCCUUCGGCUGCUAUCAACACUCAUACGAUGUGGUAGAACAUCUUCAAUACGUCCUCUAGCCUCUACGCCCACCCUUCAUUCCUUCCCUUUACGCUCUCCGAGUACAUCACUUCAACGUAUACGGUUCAAUUCCACCUCUUCCAGGACAGAUUCCUCAAAAUCCAGUUCUGUCGAACAAGGUUCAAGCUCAAACACUGACAUUGAUGAGCUAGAAGCGGAAAAAGCACCUUCACCUAUACCUAUACAUCCACCGGCACCUAUAUUACCUCCUUCCGCAACAGCGGAAGUUACACCUUCUGGAAGCGGAACUGGAACAGGAAAAGGUAAAGAUCCUAAACCUGAUGCGGCAUCAAUAAUGAAAUUACUCUCAUUGGCAAAACCUCAAUGGCCACUUUUAACUGUCGGUGUAGCUUGUUUAACACUUUCGACGGCUGUCAAUCUUUCUAUACCUUGGGUCAUAGGCAGAAUUAUAGAUUUCUUCGCUCCUGGAUCGGAAGAAACUUUACUUUUUGGAUUACCGUUAGAAAAAGCUACAGGUGCUCUUGCGAUUGUACUACUCAUUGGUGCAGCGGCAAAUUCAGGUAGAAGUAUAUCUCUGAGAUUGGCAGGUCAAAGAACGGUCGCUUCUAUUAGGAAUCAGACAUAUGGCAAAUACUUAGCUCUUCCACCUUCACACAUUGAAACUGCAGGAGUCGGUGAUGCGCUCUCUCGAUUGGGUCAAGAUACAUCUAUCGUUGGACAAAGUUUGAGUGAGAAUUUAGGUGAAGGGUUAAAGGCAACCCUUGGUGCUGCAGCAGGUAUCGGAGCAAUGUACAUCAUCUCUCCAACACUCACCUAUGUGAUGCUGUGCAUUAUACCUCCUAUCGCGAUCGGCACUUUCUUCUACGGGCGAUUCAUCAGGAAACUAUCUUUAAAAACUCAAGAAGCAAUGGGUGGAAUGUCAAAACUUGCCGAAGAAAGGUUAUCAGCACAUCGAACAGUAACUGCGUCAAACACGCAAUCUUCCGAACGAGCUUUGUACGCAUCAAAAGUGGAUGGCGUAUACAAACUUCAGAAGAGUGAAACAUUCGCCAACGGUGUUUUUCAAGGUGCGAAUGAGGUUGCUGGAGACAUCGGAAUGAUCGGGUUAUUGAUUUAUGGCGGUGUUUUGGUUAAAAGAGGUGAAAUAUCAGUUGGUGACAUGACCUCUUUGUUCAUCUACGUCAACUGGAUUGAAUGGAGUUUGAACACACUGGCCGGAUUUUUCACUGGCUUGAUGAAAGGUGUUGGUGCUUCUCAACGUAUCAUCGGUCUUCACGCCUUACCAGCUCCUAUUCCUCUCGGACAAGGUGAAUCAAUCGCCAAAUCUAGAAGCGGCUCAAUCGAAUUGAGAAAUGUUGAUUUCGCUUAUCCCUCAAGACCUGAUGCCAAGGUUCUGAAUGGUCUGAACCUCAGGAUUGAUAAAGGAGAAAGGAUUGCUCUUGUCGGCGGAAGUGGUUCCGGUAAAUCGUCUAUCCAACUACUGUUAUUACGGUUCUAUGACCCCACCUCUGGAACCGUAAACUUCGAUGGACAAGAUAUCAAGUCAUUCGUACCGGAAUCGUGGCGAUCUAGAAUUGGUAUCGUGCCUCAGGACCCCAUCUUGUUCGGUGGUACCAUUGAGCAAAACAUCGCUUACGGACAUCCCAAAGCUACAAGGGAGGAUGUUCAACGUGCCGCUAGAGUAGCUCAUUGCGAUUUCAUCGAUGCCCUGCCUCAAGGAUACGAUACAAUCAUCAACAAGAACAGUCUCUCUGGUGGUCAGAGACAGCGAAUAGCUAUUGCUAGAGCGCUCGUUAGCAACCCUUCGGUUUUAUUGAUGGACGAAGCGACAUCGGCACUUGAUUCCGAAUCCGAAAGAGCUGUCAACGCAGCUCUGAAUAGUCUGUUCGCCAACUCAGAUAUCACUGUCAUCCUCAUUGCCCAUCGACUAUCCUCUAUCGCGUCGGCUGAUCGAGUUGUCCUACUUGACGGAGGGGCAGUCGCGGAAGAUGGUUCUUAUCAUGAUUUGAUCACUCGGAGACAUGGCAAAUUUAGGAAAAUGGUUGAAGGUCAAUUAGCUAAAAUCGAAAUCGGUGAACCAACAGCGAUAGAUCCUGCUCCGGAAACAGAAGCAGAGCGAGCUCCACCUCCUCAACUAGCAGAAGUAGCUGCUAUCUCAAAUUCUGCGACGACACCAGGUAUCCAGGCGUCCAAAGCAUCUGCUUCAUCGAAAGAACGGGCAGCUAUCAAAGCUUCUCCAACAAGCUCCCAACGUCGCCAGAAUCACAGUUCAGCCAUCCAUCGUCCAUUCUUCACUUCUCAACCAGCACCUUACUCCCCUCCUUUCAAGACCGUAUACGGAGCUGCCAAUGCACCUGUACCUUACUUGCCUGAUCUUCCAAUCCCCCAUCCGACAUCCCCCGCGGCUCCUCUUUCAGCUUAUCGUCCACUUACGCCACUCAACCUAAAGCGACUCUUAACAGUCUAUUCCCAAUUAUCUAAACGGAAUCUGACUAUUCUCAUGACACUUACUGCUACUACCGGACUUGCGUUAUCGCCCUUACCUCUUUCCAUACCGUUGCUAUUCAAUCUCACAAUCGGAACACUGCUCACUUCAGCAGCUGCAAAUACAUUCAAUCAAAUUCUUGAAAUACCGAUCGAUGCACAAACCCCAAGAACAAGAGUAAGGCCUUUAUGUAUGAGGAAGAUCACUCCUUUUCAUGCUGCAAUGUUUGGAUUCGUGUGCACCGUCCUUGGAGGUACCAUACUAUGGUAUGGAUGUAAUCCUACAACUGCUGUAUUAGGGAUUGGAAAUUUGAUCUUAUACGCAGGUAUCUAUACACCGAUGAAAAGAUUUUCGGUAGCCAACACUUGGAUAGGAGCUGUUGUCGGUGCUAUAACACCUUUGAUGGGAUGGACAGCAACAGGGGGAUCUUUAUGGCCAACUACGGAUCAACCAUUGAUAUUCCAUUUACCUAAAUUCGGAUUUGGAUCUGAGUCCACCUCAGAUUUGGAAUCAAUGCCCACAAAUUUACCUAAUCCUUUGGUACCGUUAACGUUAUUCGCGCUAUUGUUUUCAUGGCAAUUCCCGCAUUUUAAUGCUUUAUCACAUAUGAUCCGACCCUUCUACGCUUUAUCUGGUUAUCCUAUGUUAUCAGUCUUAUCACCUCGAUUGAACGCAUUGGUCUCUCUAAGGCAUGCUAUUUUACUCGUACCCUUCACGGCGGUAUUAGGUCCGUUAUCAGGUUCAGUAGACUGGAGUUUCGCAUUGACUUCCUCAAUACCGAACUAUCUUUUCGCAAGAGAUGCUUGGUUGUUCUACAAACGGACUACUGAGAAGAAUGCAAAGAAGUUAUUCUUUACCAGUCUUUGGUAUCUACCUGUCGUUUUGGGUUUGAUGUUGGUACACAAAAAUGUUAGAGGUUGGUUGGAUACUUCGGCAUCGAAAUCAGCAGAAGACGUGAAGGAGGGGAUAGUGCUGAAGGAGAGUCAAUAG